AUGGCAGUUCGCGCUCAAUUCGAGAACUCCAACGAGGUCGGUGUAUUUGCAACUUUGACGAACUCGUAUGCGGUUGUUGCUAUCGGAGGAUCGGAGAACUUCUACAGUGUCUUCGAAGCUGAAUUACAAGACGUAAUUCCCAUUUGUCAUGCCUCGAUUGGUGGCACUCGCAUAAUUGGUCGAUUGACCGCAGGAAACCGCAAAGGUCUUCUCGUGCCCACAUCCACAACAGAUCAAGAACUGCAACAUUUGCGAAACUCGAUCCCAGAUUCAGUAAAAAUACAGCGAGUGGAAGAAAGGCUGUCUGCGUUAGGAAACGUGAUUUGCUGCAACGAUCAUGUUGCGCUUAUACAUCCUGAUCUUGAGCGGGAAACAGAGGAGAUAAUCGCCGACGUCCUUGGUGUCGAGGUAUUCCGACAAACCGUUGCAGACAACGUUCUCACAGGCUCAUACAUGGCCCUCUCCAACCAAGGCGGCAUCGUGCACCCCAAAACCUCAAUUCGCGACCAAGACGAACUCUCCUCUCUCCUCCAAGUACCUCUCGUGGCCGGCAGUGUGAACCGCGGUAGCCCCGUCGUCGGCGCUGGUAUGGUGGUGAACGACUGGCUUGCAGUGACGGGUCUGGAUACCACAGCGACAGAACUCAGUGUUAUGGAGAGUGUGUUCCGACUCGGUGAGACGGGACCUAAGGGAUUGGGCGCCGUUGUGCGCGACAUCACCGGCACUCACAUGACUCCCCCAGCCGUUUCUCCAGCUCCCUCUUCGACGGUUUCUUCAGCUGCCCCCUCCAUCGCCUCUACAGAUCGCAACGAUGGUGACAAUCAGGUAACCCGCGCUUUGGACGACAUGCGACUGUCCGCACCGUCAUCAGGUGAAGCUUUUCCGACACCACAACAAACCAAGACAGCAAGACCAUCCAUGGCUCAUCGCAUAACCCGCAUGUUCAGCGAGCGGAAGACGGUGAACCCACGAUCGGAAACCGAGGCCCAUAAGGAUGCUGGUUCAGACUCGAGCUCCGAUAGCGCAAAGCCGUCUACGAAUGGAAAUAUGCGGUCGGUUCCUCAGGCCCAGCCUACGCAGCAGACGUCACAGAGCGAGAAGCCUGCUGAUGGAUCCGUGAAAACGAAGAACUCGAAAGAGAAAGAUUUGCCUGUCCACAAGCGCUUUGAGAUUUUGCCCGAAGGAACGCAUUUACAUCAUCUCAAGGGAACGAAACGACAAGAGAAGUUGACUGGCCUCCUCCGAGAUAUGUUGGGAGGUGGCAAGAAGAAAGAAGAUCAUGCCGACGAUCAACAGCAAUUAUCCUUGGUGUCUAGCUGGAUAGACCAGUUGAAGAAUGAACGCGACAAACUUGCACAAGACAAAAAGGGCGGGCCGAACGCUACGGCUACCUUGGUCGACAAAUACGGAAAAUGCCAGGAGAUUGUUGGUCGGGGGGCUUUCGGCAUCGUUCGCAUUUCCCACAAAGUCGACCCGAAAGAUUCCAAGAUGGAGCAGCUGUACGCUGUCAAAGAGUUUCGACGCCGGCCACAAGAAACGUCCAAGAAAUAUCAAAAACGACUCACGUCGGAAUUUUGCAUCUCAUCUUCUCUGCGCCAUCCGAAUGUAAUACACACGCUGGACCUAUUGCAAGACGCGAAAGGAGAUUACUGUGAAGUAAUGGAGUAUUGUGCGGGCGGCGAUCUCUACACUUUGGUACUAGCAGCAGGAAAACUCGAAGUUACUGAGGCAGACUGUUUCUUCAAACAGUUGAUGCGUGGUGUUGAAUAUAUGCACGAGAUGGGCGUUGCGCACCGUGACCUGAAACCUGAGAACCUUCUCCUCACCACUCAUGGAGCUUUGAAAAUUACAGACUUUGGUAAUGGUGAAUGCUUCCGGAUGGCCUGGGAGACACAAGCGCACAUGACUGCUGGCCUCUGUGGGUCUGCCCCUUAUAUCGCGCCUGAAGAGUAUACCGAUAAAGAGUUUGAUCCUCGGGCCGUCGAUCUUUGGGCCACUGGAGUCAUUUAUAUGGCCAUGAGAACAGGCCGUCAUUUAUGGCGUGUUGCGCGCAAGGACGAGGAUGAAUUUUACGAGCGCUAUCUCGAGGGUCGUCGGGAUGAGGAUGGCUACGCGCCGAUUGAAACCUUGCACCGAGCCCGCUGUCGCAACGUCAUCUACUCCAUACUUGACCCCAACCCCGGUCGACGAAUAACCGCAUCGCAGGUACUCAAGUCGGAAUGGGUUCGUGAGAUCAAGCUGUGUAAGGCAGGCGAAGAAGGCUACUGA